AUGCCACAGAGAUUUACUGAUAUCAUUUCAAAGAUUGCCAUACCAUUAGGUGUUGCUUUCACUCUUGGCCAAUCCGCCAUAUACGAUGUUGAGGGAGGAAAAAGGGCAGUUAUUUUCGAUAGAUUGAAUGGUGUACAACAAAAGGUUGUAGGGGAAGGAACGCACUUUUUGAUUCCAUGGCUCCAAAAAGCAAUCAUAUAUGAUGUGAGGACAAGACCCAAGACAAUUGCGACCACCACAGGGUCUAAGGACUUGCAGAAUGUUUCACUCACUUUGAGAGUUUUACAUAGACCUGAAGUUUUGAAUUUACCAAGAAUUUAUCAAAGUUUAGGCUUGGAUUAUGAUGAAAGAGUUUUGCCUGCGAUAGGUAAUGAGAUUUUAAAAAGUAUUGUAGCUCAGUUUGAUGCAGCCGAACUUAUCACGCAAAGAGAAGUAGUGUCAGCAAGAAUUAGACAGGAGUUGUCCAGAAGAGCCAACGAGUUUAAUAUCAGGCUAGAAGAUGUUUCAAUUACACACAUGACCUUCGGUAAAGAGUUCACUAAGGCUGUUGAGCAGAAGCAAAUUGCUCAACAAGAUGCAGAAAGAGCAAAAUAUCUAGUUGAAAAGGCCGAACAAGAGAGAAAAGCGAAUGUUAUUAGAGCUGAAGGUGAAGCCGAGAGUGCAGAGACUGUUUCGAAGGCCUUAGCAAAAGCCGGUGAUGGUUUGUUGAUGAUCAGAAGACUUGAAGCUUCCAAAGAUAUUGCCAGCACUUUAGCAUCAUCGCCCAACGUUUCUUAUUUGCCGAGCGGUGGUAAAGGGGGAGAUGGCGACGGAGGUUCAAAUAACUCCUUAUUACUAAGUGUUGGACGUUAG